CAGACUCCGCCUUGUGUCUGGGCUCCUCCCCGGCCAUCUUUCAUUCAUUCCGCAUGUAGUGCUGGGUGCUUGGGACAUGGGGGUCAAACAGAUCCGUCCCUGCCCUGAGGGAGUUAAGGGGGUGGUGUGGGGACACGGAUCUAGGCUCCGACAGUGACAGCUUAGGGUGGUAAAGAAGCCGCCUAGACCCUGGGAGCCUCCAAGACGCCAGGAAGGCUUCCCGGAGGAGGUGAGACCUAAACCGAGACCUGAGGAAUGGUUAGGAGUUUGCUACAAGGAGACAUUGCGAGGGCAUUCUUGGCAAAAGAACCUGAGACGUGAAAGAAACAGGCGUAUUCUUGGUAAUUGCGAAGAGAAGUCGACAGUGUGGGGAGUUGGAGUGACCCGGCUGGAUGUGACCCCAGGACAGAAUGGUGCUGGACUCAGGGGCUCAAGUGUAUGAACAGGCACCCCCCAGCCCACCAGCCAGUCCCUCAUCCUUGGGCCAUAGGCUGAAGCCCUCAGACCGAGAUGGGACACUGCUGUACCCCUGGCCUCAGUCCCUGGCCUUGCCCCUGGCUCUGUCAAUCCCCUCAGCCCUGCGGCCCCGGCCUGAGCUGCAGCCCUUCUCAGAGCUGCACUUGGGCCCCCGUGGACACAUGCGUCGCAGUGAGAGCACCUAUACUGUAAAUAGUACUGGCCGGCGGGGGGGUGGCACCCAGGGUCGGGGCCCACCUGGACGGGGACGGGACCCAGGCGGGGGCACCCUGCGGUCUGCAGCCUCCCUGCCUCACAUUGCUAAGACUCGAAAGGAUGCAGGCCGUGGUGCCAGCAAGAGCCCUUGCAUGUUGGUGGCCUUGAGGCCAACCAAUAUGGACCGAGAGCGGGACAAGUUCUUCCAGUCCCACUAUACCUACAACCCACAGUUCGAGUACCAGGAGCCCAUGCCCACGGCUGUGCUGGAGAAGUACUGUGAAGCUUCUGGACAGUUCAUCCAUCAGGCAGUUGGCAUCAUUGAGGCUGUCCUGGAGAAGUUUGGUACCUAUGAACACUUUGAAGCUGCAACGGGGGGCCAGCUGCUGACCAAGUGCCAGAUCUGGUCCAUUGUUCGCAAAUACAUGCAGAAGGAGGGCUGCGUUGGGGAGGUUGUGGUGCAGCUGAGUGAAGACCUGCUGUCCCAGGCAGUGAUGAUGGUGGAGAACAGCCGACCAACGUUGGCCAUCAACCUGACUGGAGCCCGCCAGUAUUGGUUGGAGGGCAUGCUGCGGCACGAGAUAGGCACUCACUACCUGCGGGGCGUGAACAACGCGCGGCAGCCGUGGCACAGCGCCGAGGGCCGGCUGCAGUACGGGCUGCGGCCAGCGAACCCCACGGAGGAGGGCUUGGCCAGCCUGCACAGCGUGCUGUUCCGCAAGCAGCCCUUUCUGUGGCGCGCCGCACUGCUCUACUACACCAUCCACCGCGCCUCGCGCAUGUCCUUCCGCCAGCUCUUCCAGGACCUGGCGCGCUACGUGCAGGACGCCGACGUGCGCUGGGAGUACUGCGUGCGCGCCAAGCGCGGCCAGACGGACACCUCGCUGCCCGGCUGCUUCAGCAAGGAUCAGGUGUACCUGGAUGGCAUCGUGCGCAUUCUGCGGCACCGCCAGACCAUCGAUUUCCCAUUGCUGACCUCACUGGGCAAGGUGUCUUAUGAGGAUGUAGACCACCUGCGGCCCCAUGGGGUGCUGGACAAUACCCGGGUGCCCCACUUCAUGCAAGACUUGGCGCGCUACCGGCAGCAGCUGGAGCACAUCAUGGCCACCAACCGGCUGGAUGAGGCAGAGUUGGGCCGCCUGCUGCCUGACUGAUGCCGGUUGAGGGCUACAGGCAGAGGCCCUGGACGAGGGCUCCAGAUCAGCUCCCAGAACAUGAAGCUGACUGUUCUGUGCUUCCAUGGCCUGGGUGUUUCUUGGGGAAUUGGGAGGGCAGGAGCAUCCCAGGAGGUAGGAGUGGCAACAUCAGAGGGUUUGUGUCCCUUGCUAGCCUCUCAGGCCCUGGGACCAGCAGUAGCAUGCCAAGCAAAAUGAGUCUGCCCUCCUACCUCUAGCUCUCUGUUGAGUGGAGGGGAAGCCUGGGGGCAGGAGGGAGGCUGAGCAUGAUGGGGAUGGGGGGUGGUUUGGGAGUAGAAACUUGUUCUUGCAUGAGAUGGCUUUGGGUGUCUGCAUACUCCAGUCUCUCCCUUCCCCCACCUGGCCCCUCGGUGCUCCUUCAGCUUUCACGCUGUCUACCUCUCACUGGGUCCUGGUGGGGAUCUCCCUUCUCCUGGGGUGACUGCCUGGGUCUGAGGGCCUGGCUUUCACAGAGACUCAAGGGGCAGGGGUCCUGGCAGUAGAGACCCAGCUGGGCUGGGGUGUGAUUUCUAGCAUUUUGCCUCUCCCACUGGCCAUGUAUUUAUACCCUAUUUAUGUGCUCUGCUUCCUGGGGCUGGGAGGUAGCAGCUUCUGACGGUGUGGUGGAGGGAACAGAGCUCCUCUGGAAGGCACGAACUGCUCCUAGCCCCACUCUCAUCUCUCUCUCUCUCUCUCUCACACACACACACACACAGUCUUUUAGGCCUUGUGGGUCAACCCCAAGAGCUCACCUGGCCUUGCCCCCAGCCCUCCAGUGGCCUGUGCUGUUCCUGUCUUUGCCCACACCCUCACAGCUGGCCUCUGGCAGAUGGUGCCAGAGGCUGGCAGCAGCCACACUUGAGCCUGGGGGGCAAGCCCCUAGCUGUUGUCUCAAGUCCUGAGCCCCCCGGACCAAGAAGGUGUAGAGGUGGUGGUUGCUUCCGGUUUCACCUCAGACUCCGCUGUGUGAUGCUGACCCAUUCCCACUCUCACCCUUGCCCUUGGUUUUCCCAUCUAUAAAAUUCAGAAAUGCAACUGGAAAGUCCUUAUUCGUUUAGUCAGUGACUAUGUGUAGAGCACCUUCUGUGUGCCAGUUACUGGUCAGAACACCCUCACUGAGUUCCCGGUCCAGAGAGAAACCAGACAAUUAAAACAA